AUGGACGAAUUGCUGGCUAGAGCAGGAUCUCAGGCCGUCACGUUUGCAGUCAAAUCAGGGGUGUCUCUAGCAUCCUCGUAUGCUAUUAAAACUAUAAGCAACUUUUUAACUCAAAUACCCAGCACCGAAUCUAAAAAUUUUUUAGACUUGAAAAUAGAAUUAGAAAAUAGAGUAGAUAUAGUCUCUUCUGCCAUUGAUCUGAUAAAAUUGGUAGCUGUCCGUGGUAAUACAAAUUUACGAAGUACGUUGAAGAUAACAGAGAACUUAAAACAAGAGAUAGACCAGUUUGACAGCAAUAUUCAGGAGCAAUUGAAUGUUAUUGAGCAUUCUAAAAGCCAAAAGGUCAAAAAUGAAGCUAUUCGUGAAGCAGAACGUUACAUUAAAGAUCUUCUAAGACGAAUUCAGGAAAUUACACCUUAUAUCAACUUAGCACUAACUACAUCGGGUGUAAAUCUAAGUACCACAUUACCAAAAACUGUGUCUCCAGGAUUAUUACUGCAGGCUUCAAAUUUCGUUUGCAUUAAUAACGAACAAUUCUCUCAAGAUCCAAAAUCGAGCCAUCAAGUAGGACCUACUUUUGAAAUUACGUUAUUUACAAUUUUCUAUAAUAUUAAUUCAAAGGAUCAUAUUAAUUGGAAAGAGGACGUAAAAAGAGCUUUUGUACACAUAGAUAGGGUUCCGACUGGACAAGGAGAUAAUAUUUUCAAAUACAAUUUAUCAAUCAAGCAGAGUUUCGAUGAUGAAAGAUAUCACAAUACAGAAAAUGGCGAAGAAAUUCCAAGAAAUAUUUCACUUGAAACGCAAAAGAUAGAAAAGGUAUUUUUUAGUGUAUCUGGGAAAUUAUUAAAACUAGAAGAACGUGAUUCAGCAGUUCUUAUUUUGAAAAUAAACGAUAAAGUAGAAGAUGGGUCGAUCAAAAAGACAGAGGACUCAAUUAGAUGGUUUGCAUUUGGAGAUUAUGAGCCUGGCUUAAUUGAUAGUGAUAACAAUGACGAUGAUAAAGAAUCCAGUAAUGAAAGCACAAAUACAGUAGAGUGUUCGAAAUCAAUUGGAUUAAUGGAGUAUAUUAUAAGACUAACGUCUCUGCAACAAAAUGAUCAAUCUGACGUUCUUUCCAUUACUGAUGAGCGCUUGGCAAUAUACCUUAAUGAUGAAAAUCCAAAUUCUAUCAAAAAGGGAGUAUUAGAUAUAAACGAAGUCACUAAAAAUUUAAGGGACGUAAGUUUGCAAGAUAGUCAUUAG